UUGAGUCUCGCGUUGUAAUGUACGUUGAGUGUAUUUGACUCAUAAACUACGUCCUACCGUAUGAGCUUCAUCUCUGAAUUCACUCACUUAUUGGAAUCUUAUUGGAUUUGAUAUAACAUUAGAGGCAUCCGGGAUUUACAGGGAACGGGCGUUUCUACGAGUGUUCGACAUAGGAUCGUGACGUCAGAUAUCGGUCCGUUUACCUAACGGCUGAUAGGAUUUAUUUUCGCUCGCUGAUUGGGUACGGUUUUAGCUCACGGCCAAAAAUUACUAACGAUAUUAGCCUACCAGGAAAGGUUGUAACUGAUAGAACGUGUUCGCGAUUACACUCUUAACGCCACUGAUCAAUAUUGAGCAUAUCUGGGAGAAUGGGGCGCGUUCGAAAGUUUCGAGCGGUUUGCGGAAUUGACGAACUUACCGUCAGAAGCACGUUAUGGAAGGCAUUCUUAGCCGAGUUCAUCGGAACAGCGCUUCUGGUGCUUGUCGGCUGCGGUUCCUGUAUCUCCGGUUGGGACGAAGACUAUAAACCGACUAUGGUCCAGAUAGCUCUAGCUUUCGGAGUUACUGUAGGUACCGUAGUUCAGGCCAUAUGUCACAUUAGUGGUGGGCACAUCAACCCAGCUGUCACGUUGGCUUUUUUAGUUACAAAAAAAUGUUCUUUUAUUCGAGCUCUUUUCUACGUCAGUGCUCAGUGCUUGGGCGCUAUUACAGGAGCUGCAGUCUUAAAGGCACUGACCCCUAUAAAGCAGCAGGGGUCACUAGGGGCCACCACAGUUCACGCGCAUCUAAAUCCUAUCCAAGGAUGUAUUGUAGAGAUCUCCAUAACUUUCAUCCUGGUCCUGACGGUGUUUUCUGUUUGUGACAACAACAGGUUAGACGUCACAGGAUCUGCUCCUUUGGCCAUUGGGCUUUCCGUGACAACUUGCCACCUGUUUGCUAUCAAAUAUACCGGUGCCAGUAUGAACACGGCAAGGUCGUUCGGACCUGCUGUGAUUGCUGGGGUUUGGGAAUAUCACUGGAUUUACUGGCUAGGUCCAAUCCUUGGAGGGAUAAUUGCUGGAAUGACCUAUCAGCAUAUCUUCUCAGUUUCUCCACCAGAUCCAGAAGUACUGGAACGUUUACGAUUAAAUAGCAUUCGACGUUACGAAGAAAAGGAAGCCGUUGAAGAUAGAUCUUCAUCUGUAUAAACCAUGUUGGUCAUUAACUGCCAAGAUCUUACUGAACACAAAAAUUCCAACAGAAAAUGCUCCUCCUAAACUUUAGUUUGCUUUUAACAAAACCCAUUUCUUUUUCUGACUACUAGUUCUUAUGUUUGUUUGUUUGUUUUGAAUUUCGCGCAAAACUACACGAGGGCUAUCUGCGCUAGCUGUCCCUAAUUUAGUACUGUAAGACUAGGGGGAAGGCAGCUAGUCAUCAUCAC